CAGAUCAGAGAAAUGGCGCAACUUCGAGGCAGCAACGCUUACGUUGUCAAAGUCCACACUGGGAACGGGUUCAAAACCCUGACAGGUGACGUCAACGUGGUCAUCAAGCUCUACGAUGAUUUGAAUCACAGCAGCGAGAAAAUUCAUCUUAAAACUGAUUUAGAUGAGAAGGCCCCUUGUACUUUCACGAUUCCCGGCCGGGACACCAAACAGCUGAACAACAAAGGGAAGAUAUCCAUGAUAGAGUUCUGGCGAGACAGCCUGGAGUUGUACAACGAUAGGUAUCUGGACAAAAUUGAAGUGGAUAAUGUGAAGACCAAGGAGACAUUUGUUUUUCCAGUUUUCCGCUGGGUGAAACCCAACACGUGUUAUCAGGUCAGACAUCUUGAUACGUCACUUCCGCAAUACGAUGAUGACGCUCAACAAGAGCAGAGGAGAACCGAAAUUGAGGAAAGGAGAAAGGAGUACGUUCUGGAUCAAAAGUUUCCAAAUGGUCCCAUUCAGGUAAAACUUUAAAAAAUAAAGAAAUAAAUAUUACAAACACAGAUGACCACUGAUUUAUGGCAAAUAUCCACACACAACAGCCAGAGUAAUGAAGGCGUUAAUAUCAAUCAUUUACAAGGGUUCCUCCUUCAUUGCCCAGCACAGUUUUUCGUUCACGAUUUUUGUCAAAUGGUGCAAGCAUGCCGCUAAUUGCAUUGUCCUAUUGGAUUGGAUAGAAAUGAAGUCUUAUAGUAAACUAACGGCAAAUAAUGGAGGAUUGAAGGAACACUGUGUGCCCAAUUUAACCUGCACUAUUUGGGGGGGGGGGGGGGGGGGGAAGGGGGCGUUGGACCUUUUUUUCAAAGCCCGUCUACUAAAUUACAGGGGCGUUGUGUCGUAAGUUCGCCCGUUAACUAAGAUAUGCACCAAAUCAUUAGCAACAUUCUCUUUCAAAUCUUACCCAAGAGACCUGCAACUUUACCUUUUUUUUCAUUGCGGUAAUUUUAGACCCGUUCGUUGAUUUUGUUUAUUACCUAUAUAUAUAUUAUGUAUUUAAAUCUUUGCUUUACAAACGAAAAAUACACACACACAUACACAUUAACGCAGGCACGCGCGCACACAAACACACACACACACAGACACACACACAAUGUUGAUAGAAUUAAACAUCCGAAUGUUCAAAUACUGACGCUGAGAGGCCCCCAAUGCGAGGACCAGUUCUAAUUUUUUUUCUUAACAUAUUUCAGGUUAAGCAGCUGCCUCGCAUAGAGGAUUUUUCAUGUAAACAUAAGCUCACUUUGAUUUAUUUUCGAGCGCGUCUAGAAAUAAUGAAAUAUCUAGAUAACAUUUUCUCGGGCCCGUGGCACAGCAUCGAGGACAGACUGAACGUGUACUCGGACAUAGGCUUCCCCGUGCCAAAGGUAGGUUGAGGUAAAUUAGUGGUAAGCAAAGAUGAACCUGAAAAUAUAAAUACACAAGUUUAAAGCGUGUAUUUAGCUGACAGAUUUUUUUGGAGAACUGUUAUUUUUAAUUUGGGAAUGAUCGCUCUGUCAUUUUGUAAUUCCAAGAGCGUGCUUCGGAGAAUAUAUAAACAGACAUAGAGAUUUUGACACAUUUUAUUAUAUGAAGAAAAAAAUGAAUGAAAAUGUUUUAGACAUCGUGUUCAUUUUGAUCGGCUGACCUUUCACCUUGUGGCAUUUCUUGUUAGUUUGUUUAUGUCAUUAUAUAUGUUACUAGAUGGAGCCCGCCAAACAUGGGUGACAGCAAUGCGUGAACUUCCCAUCUACUAAAGUGACUUGACAACGUGAACUCAAGUUACACACAUUUGAGAAUCCCAAUAUUUGCUACACCCUCGCGCCACCCCCGUUUUUUCAUGAUACGUCGAGGCACACUUUUUAUUUCACGCCGACCCGUGGCUUAGCAUUCGCCGCGAGCUGGCUGGAAAGCGAGGGAGGUGCAGGAGUGGGGUGGGGUAUUUCCACCGCAGUGCGCAUGUUUCCAGAUCAACGGUUGGCGGACAGGCAAGGGAAGGGAGGGUUUGCCUGCGCCUGCGUCUUGCUUGCUCUGAUGUAUCUAUAUAUAGCCUGGGUGGUUGUCUUGGUCUUCUUGUUUGCCCUAGUUUCUGGUAAAUUAUAUAUAUAGAUGCAAUGAUAUAUAAUUUUUUAAUACACCUUCUUAACACUAGGCAAAUGUAGGUAAUGUGUUUACCUAAAUGCGUGUAUUGAUUUGAAACAAUGAAAAAAAUAAGAAGAAUAAGAGAACGUUUUUUGUAUAUAUCCUUAUCAAAAUGUAAUCUUGCAAUGGGGGUUGGGGCUGAAAACUUGAGAAAACAUACAUACAAGUAACGCACUUUAUAAGAAUCCGAAUUAGUGCUACAACUACAUUAGUAUUCCAAUGACCCAUCCGUUUGAACGUCGCAGAUUCCCCCCCCCCACCAUUUCAUAAAACAAAAGAAAAAAUUACGCACCAAACGCAUUUGCAAUACUUUGUUUUCAGAAACUCAUUUGGCGCAGUAUUCGAAUUAGGGCUACAACUACAUUAGUAUUCCAAUGACCCAUCCGUUUGAACGUCGCAGAUUCCCCCCCCCCCCCAUUUCAUAAAACAAAAGAAAAAAUUACGCACCAAACGCAUUUGCAAUACUUUGUUUUCAGAAACUCAUUUGGCGCAGUAUCGGGAAUUUUACUUCUUGUUCCAAUAGAAAAAAAGGAAAAAACAAAAUUGGGGGUUUUGGGUUGAGGGGCUGAAAAUCUAAUCAUAUGUGUAGUCAUCAGGUAUGAGUCUAUGUGCCAAGAUUUGAAGCUCAAUUGUUUGACGGGAAGCCGGUUAAUUAGCUGUCCGAAGAGUUUUCCUGCCACCCAGCCAGCCUAGCCACCCACGAGCAAAUGCGAAGUUAAUAUCAAUGAUUAAAAAAUGUUUGUCUGAAAUACUUCGAGAGUAACCCACCCUUAUUUCAAAAAAAAAAUAAAAUGCAAUAUAAUUCUGUAUUUAUAUAUAUUUCUAUGGUCAGAAUGCUGAGGCGUGGAAGGAAGAUGUGAACUUUGCCAUGCAGCGUGUAGCAAGCGUCAACACGUCUUUGAUCAAACUGAUGACGUCAGUCCCAGAAAAGUGAGUUGUUGUUGUUGUGUCCUCUCGUACCCGGAAGGCGCCGCUGGUGGGGGGGGGGGGGGGGGGAUAUAUUGGGAGAUCAUCUCCUUGAUGUUUUAAAUUCGGUAUGGUUGUUUUAAUGAGGGGUUGUUUUUUUUUUUUCUGCCACUGACGAUUAUGCUCAUGGCCAUCAAGUCGUUGCACGAGUAUAAUGAAAAGUUAUUGGAGUCCUUCCACGUCAUCAGCAGAGUGAAGUGUCUCUUCGUUCAGAUUACCCCGUGUCUUGCGCCAUAUUCUUCUCCGUAGUUUUUUUUUUUUUUUUUGCUCUAUGGCUUUGAAAUUGCGACCAUAAAGAGUUGUUUACCACCAGGUCUAACUGAAUCGCCCAUCUCUUUGCCAAGACCAGGUCUAAUUGAGUUGCCCAUCUCCGCUCCAAAACCAGGUCGAAUUGCUCCGCGCCAAGACCAGGUCGAAUUGAGUCGUCCAUUUCUGUUCCAAGACCAGGUCUAAUUGAGUUGACCAUCUCCCCGCCAAGACCAGGUCUAAUUGAGUUGCCCACCUCUGUUCCAAGUCCAGGUCUAAUUGAGUCGUUCAUCUCUGUGCCAAGACCAGGUCUAAUUGAGUUGCCCAUCUCUGUUCCAAGACCAGGUCUAAUUGAGUUGACCAUCUCCCUGCCAAGAUCAGGUCUAAUGUAUUCGCCAAUCUCUGCGUCAAGACCAGGUAGAAUUGAAUCGCCCAUCACUGCGCCAAGACCUACAUAAUUAUUGAAUGGCCUUGUGGCCAUGUACUUUGGUUAAACUUUUAAGAAACAAAUAUAUCUUAAAAAAACAUUUUAAGACAAACUUUCUAUCAAAUUCGAGUUGAAACAUACUUCAAUGUAGAAAAUAAUUUACAAUUCCUAUAUAUGUAUUAUACAAAGAAAGAAUGUGCGGAAGUGUAGAUGAGCACUCUAUGACGCCAAAGGAUUCGAAUUGAAUGUAGACGAAAGAUAAAUAUUUUUUUUAAAUUUUUAAAUUAAUUUUUAAAAAUUUUUUAUGCGCAUCAUUUCAUUGCGUAAUGCAGAAAGUAUAAGUUAUUUUAUAAUUUAAUAUAUUUUUACUCCUCUUUGAUAGAAAUUCUUUAUAAAAUUCUUUUUUUUUUCGCUACUUUUUGUUAAUGAAAUAUGCAAUCUUUAAAUUAUUGUCGCAAGUAGAUUAGACUAUUUACUUUUUUUUUUUUUUUUAAAGAUUGAAUGCUUAAAAAUUUCUGGCUAAAGUGACUUAACCCUUUAUCUGGGCGUACAACUAAAAGUAGAUCAGAGCUCACCUACUCAGCGAAGCAGACAUGGUCAAUCAUGAACAUUUGAGUGACAGUUUCAAACCGUCUCCGUGGUCCAGUCGUUCACUAGGUGAACACGACAUGAGAAAUCUAAAAAUGUCAUGCUAAAAAAAACCGCUCCAUCCACAAGUUGGAAAUUCAAGUAGAAAGAAAGUCUAUACAAAUGAGUCGACACUGAAUCCAUAUUCCUAUACAAAUCUUAAAUAUUUUCCGGGAAGAAUGAAAUAUUAAACUAACUUUUCUAUUUAAAAAAAGGGCAUAUUGACUACUGCAUUUGCCACACUCACCCUUAAGUUGUUCUGAAUGCGGACGAUGAAGCCAUUUUGUCAAAUCCACAUUAAAAGGAUUGUGGGAAGGGGGCGUAAAUGAGUACUCGCCCAUAAACUUCAACAUCAGGGGGGGGGGCGUGCCAAAAUAGUCUUUAGACUGUACCUGAAUGGUGAAUUAAAAUAUAAAAAUCCUUUUGUACUUCGCUAAAGCAAGGGGCGACCAAAAUUGCAUUUUACUGAUCCACGGGGCUUACAUAUUUUUGCUUUAACGAGGGGCGCCAUUCUCAUGUUUCACAUCUGGCGCCGGCUUACCUCAUCACGCCCCCCUGCACCCCAAGGACUACAUCAGCUUGUACAGCUGCCUCUCUCAUCCCUGAAAAGAGUUUUAAAUGGCAAAUUUAGAUGAACAGGAAAACAAAACAUGAAAGAAGCGAUCGAGGGGUACAACAAGGUCCUAGAUACUUUGCAUCCACCGUAACCAACCUGUUCGGCAUUGAUGAAGAUGGGAACAGUCCAAAAAAAAAAAAAGAUUUAGCAAUGGGUUCUUGGCCAAAGCCAACACAGAGGCCUAAGCCAACACAGAGGUCUAAGCCAACACAGAGGCCUAAGCUGUGCGGGAUCAAGAAGGGUGUCGAAACGAGAGCUGGGGAUCGAACUCUCUUUUCAAAGUUAGGCUUCGGUAAUAACUUAAUAUCGGGUUUGGUUUGAUAGACCCUUAAUUUGUUUUUUGUUUUUUUCCGGUAAUAACUUAAUAUCGGGUUUGGUUUGAUAGACCCUUUAUUUGUUUUUUGUUUUUUUCCGGUAAUAACUUAAUAUCGGGUUUGGUUUGAUAGACCCUUAAUUUGUUUUUUGUUUUUUUCCGGUAAUAACUUAAUUUCGGGUUUGGUUUGAUAGACCCUUAAUUUGUUUUUUGUUUUUUUCCGGUAAUAACUUAAUUUCGGGUUUGGUUUGAUAGACCCUUAAUUUGUUUUUUGUUUUUUUCCGGUAAUAACUUAAUUUCGGGUUUGGUUUGAUAGACCCUUAAUUUGUUUUUUGUUUUUUUCCGGUAAUAACUUAAUUUCGGGUUUGGUUUGAUAGACCCUUAAUUUGUUUUUUGUUUUUUUUCCGGUAAUAACUUAAUUUCGGGUUUGGUUUGGUGGCAACUUAGUUUCAUUAUUUUUUCUCCCAGUAACAACUUAAUUGCGGGUUUGCUUCGGUAAGUUCGGCAAAUAUCACAAUUAGAAAUCAGCAUAGUGUUAACUUUAAUUUAAAUAAUCGAUAUAUUAUAUUUAUAAACAUAAACUUCACUGGCAAAAAUAAGAAAAUACAUUUGCAGUAGACCAAAUAGAGCAUCGAGAUUUAUUGAACAGCCUAAAGACGGAGUCUAAAGUAUAUUAAAUAAAUAGUGAAGCAUAAAUGUGUCCUGGGUUGAUUUUGAUCGUAAGGACGAUUUAAAAUGGCUAACCAAUCUUCUUAACCCAGUGGUUCUCAACCUUUCUGAUGCCGCGACCUUUUAAUACAGUUCCUCCUUUUGUGGCGACCCCCAACCACAAAAUUAUUUUCGAUGAUAAUUUAUAACAGUUGAGUGUAUGUGUUUGCCGAUGGUCUGAGGCGACCCCCGUGAAAGGGUCGUACGACCCCCAAAGGGGUGGCGACCCACAGGUUGAGAACCGCUGUCUUAACCGAUUGUGUGUGUGUGUGUGUGUAUGUGUGUGUGCUUUUUUAAAAACAAUACUAGUUCCAGAAAAUGGAUGAAAACGGGUCAACUUCUUUUUUCUAUAUUUGAAGGCUCGCCAUCAAUUUAUUGAUCAUUCUGGCGCCUCGUUUGAAUUUACAGCUUGCCUUCUCUUAGAUGGGCUGUCGUCCAAAAUCACUUUGAAAUAACUACACUUUCUAGUUUGAAUUAAGAUCUACAGCCAUAACUCUAGCGGAAGUCGUGUCGUGACGCAUUCGUCUACAGCCAUAACUCUAGCGGAAGUAGUGUCGUGACGCAUUCGUCUAUAGCCAUAACUCUAGCGGAAGUAGUGUCGUGACGCAUUCGUCUAUAGCCAUAACUCUAGCGGAAGUCGUGUCGUGACGCAUUCGGAAAAACAAACAUUUUCGUUUUUUUUUUUUAAAAUGUGUGAUAUUUUCGUUUGGUCAGUACUCAGUGACGUUGAAGUUCGGGUUCGGCUCACCGUCAGCAGCGUUUAGAGAUCGGAGUGCUCGGCUCGGAUUCGGUUCGACUCCCAUCUCUGGUUGAAACGGGUCGUAUCGACCGAGGGGCGUGGGAGGUGAAGGUGUGACAUCGAGCGACAGGUGUUGAUUCAAUGAGUGGCAUAAGUCAUGUCAAAACUGGGUUAGGGUUUUAAAAAAAAAAAAAAGUUAAUCCAAAUAUAUUUUUGCACUUGAAAAGUUUACCCAUAAAACUUAACUGUGCACUGUUGACGUCAUGUUAGUAUUAACCUCGUUUAAAUAUUGAAGGUUCCCAGUGACUGACAAAAUCUUGAGUCCAUUGCUGCAAGGACUGAGCGUCCGUGACGCCAUAAAGCAAAAGAGAUUGUUCGUCUGUGACCUUGAAAUAUUGGACGGGCUGCCAGUGAAAGACAAUUUUACGGUAAGAUAAGUUUGACAGUGUGAUUACUAAAACCUAAUUUACGCCGUAUAAGUUGGGAUGUUACUACUCCUUAGUGACCCCCCCCCCCUUUCCAUGGGGGUUGUUAUUACUUCUUAGGACCCCCCCUUUACAUGGGAGAGGCUACUACUCCUUAGAGACCCCACUUUACUUGGGGGAGCGGGGUUGCUACUACACCUUAGGGAUCCCCCUUAUUUCCUUUCCAAUAAACUGGGUUAUGGUCUUUCUCAACUUUAUCCUUUUAAAGGAUUUCACUAUUUUAAACACAUCUUUAAAACCCUAUAAAAUAAAAGUUAAUCAAAUUUUGGUACUUUCAUUCAAUUUGUUCCAGGGCAACCAUUAAGGUAAUUUUCGUUUGUUGUGAGUUACUAUUCAAAAUUGAUUUAAAUAUGUAUGAUUGUCUGUCCCCAGUUGUGUGCCCCUAUUGGCCUGUUCUUUAUGGACGACUCCAGUCAACUCAAACCAGUGGCCAUUCAGUUGUUUCAGGAGCCAGGGCCAGACAACCCGGUGAGACUAACAGUUUUAAAAUUACUAGUAUAUUCGCUGGUACUACACUUCAAACUUUCAGACACUUUCUGGAAGCGUUGAAUACCAAUGCCAUCCUUCUGGCUGGUGGCAAAGACACCGACAGUAAACUAUAUUUAAUUGCAUUUUAAGAAGAGAUAAGAAGGCAGGCGUUAAGUGACAUUAAUACUUCACUAAAACAAAAGUUCCAAUACUAAAUUUUCACACUUUUAGAAUAGUCUGCACUUAUCUCAAAUCUCUAACAAUCGUUAUAAUUGUAAGAGACCCAGACGACUAAUGGCUGUAUCUUUACAAUUCCCAAUUAUGUUAUCCAAAGAACUACGAAACCUUUUCUUUUUUUUAAAUUAUUGUAAAUACAACUGUGGCCAAGACCGUGCGAAUUAAAAGUUGUGUCCAGGGGCCAAGCCUAUAACCACCAAACCAUUUUUACCAAUUGUUAAUGAUACAUACACAGUUUUAUUUAAAUUUUCAAAUGUUAUGGUUAAGUGUGUUAAAAUUUGGUUCGCUCAAGUUGGCGCCAGAGGUAAGAGCCCCUUUCGCCCCCCCCCCCUUUUUUCCCUCGCAUUAUAUGGUAGUAUAAUAAUUUUUUUAUUUUUUUUUCCACUUUCAGAUCUUCACCCCAGGAUGUAAUGUCUGGACCUGGAAUAUGGUUAAAAUGUGGUACAAUAACGCUGAAUCGUUCUACCAUCAGUCAUUGACCCAUCUGGGUGUGUAUCUUUUGUAUACUGUAUGCAGUAAAAUAUUAAUUAAGUUAAAGUGAACACUUUAAGGUAUCACUUUUCCAGAGCAAACUAUUUUUUUUUUGGUACUAAUAUGUGUGACGCUACUUGAUAGAUGAACUUAAAAGAUAUAUUCUACUUAGUAUUUACCGGCCUUUCCCAGGUCUGACCCACCUCAUGAUGGAGUCAUUCGCCCUGGCGACUGAGCGUAAUUUGUCAGUCUCCCAUCCUGUGUACAAACUGCUGAAGCCACACUUCCUGGACCUAAUGGCUAUAAAUAAGUAAGUCUGAUUGUGUAAGGCUCUUAACAUCAAGGGCGAUAGGCAACUUCGAUGGUGUUUUUGAGAGGGAGAUAUUUGGUGCUAUUUAAAAAGAAAAUGGCUACCGCGGCCACCCACCUGAGCCGAAUUGACGCUCUUCUUCACCCUUACAUCUCAUACAUUUGGCGGCUUCAGUUAUUAAUCCACCCAUCCCCGUGGCGCUACUUGCUUUGGCCUGCCACACUACUUCGUUCCACUCAGACCCAACUAAUGCUUUUCUUUUCAAUGCCUUAGUUCCCAGCUGUUGUAGAUCUUUUUUCCAAAUCAUCAGUCCAUCUAAGCCUAGGUCUGCCUUUAAACCAUGUUCCUCUCAGGUUUUGAUGAUGCCCCUCUUCACUCCUUGUCAUUGUCAUCAACUCCAAUUAUUGAUUUAACUAUAAAAAAAUGGCGGCCCUUGGUUGUUGUUUUUUUUUUUGGGGGGGGGGGAGGGGGGUCUUUUACCGGCUUUGUUGCCCUCGUCAUUCACCUAUUGUUUCGCCUCUGCCAUCUAUCACUGCUACGUCAGCCCAUAUUAUAUGUUGCUCUUCUUCCAAACAAUUACUACCCCCUCCAUCGUUCCAUUAGUUUACUAAAAUCACAUAAAUGACCAAAUGUUUAACCAUGUACGAGCUAGUGUAAUUCAACUUGUUCAACUUUACUCACCAUGUUUCAACCAAUCAACAAUGUGAACAAUAAUUAAUAACCGAAAUAAAACAUUAAAUCUCCAUAGCGAUAUAUUUAAAUAUAUGUUAUCAUUCAAAUCUUGGCACUAUCCCAUAUGUACAUAUACAUUAUAAUUCAAAUGGCUCUCUCCUACAUGUACAUAUAUAUUAUCAUUCAAAUCUUUGGCUCUAUCCUUAAUGCACAUACUAUAAUUUAAAUGGCUCUGUCCUACAUGUCCAUAUAUAUUUACCAUCACAUCUUGGCUCUAUCCUAAAUGUUAUUAUAUUAUUGCUACAGCCUGGCUAUAACUACGCUUAUAAAUGAUGGUGGCUGGAUUGAUAGGGUCACAAACGCUGGCCACAAGGGACUCCACGCUGUCAUUGUGAAGAGGUAAAUUAGUCUCUCAGUGGUAGUCAGUGUUUUUUUUGUUUUUUUAAAUAGUUAAAAUUCAAUGCACAUUUAAUCGAAAUAACCGACCAGACAAUGGCAGCAGCAAUGCGUGAGCUUCCCAUCUCCCAAAGUUACUUGAAAAAAACCAACAACAUUCAAAUAACGUACUUGAUAAGAAUCCCAAUACGUGCUAACUUCUAUACAUUUUAUUUUCCCAUCAUCUUGAACAUAGCGUUACCGCCAUAAUGACACAUACCUCAAGAAUUGCUAGUUGUUGUAUAUAAAUUUGUUCUAUUUCGCUUGCUUCGUGCAAAGACCAAGGUAAAAUAGGUGUUGAUUCGUGAAUUUCCGUUCGCUGACGAUGCCGCCUUUACAUCGCUCGCAGAAAAAGUUCUGCACAUUGCCUUCCAUAUAUAACUAUUGAAGGCCACAAUCUGUUUUUAGUUGAGAAUUUCACAUAUUAAUAUCUCUGGCUCACUCUCCGAUGAUGAAGAGGUGAGCAUCCGAAUAACAAAAGCAUUAGCAACUAUGGCUCGUUUGAUGACGUGGGGGUGACAUGAUUUGUCAGAAACUGAAAGUACAAAACUAAGCGUCUAUUAGGCAAUUAGGCAAUUAGGCAUCUUUGCUCAAUACGCUCCUGUAUGGCAGUAGAGUGUGGAUCACAUAUGCCAGGCAUAUGUGCUUAGUAAACUCCUAUAUGGCAGUGCAGCGUGGACCACAUAUGCCAGUCAUGGGAGGAAACUCAAAAGCUGCUACCAAAGAUGCCUUGCGUCACAUUUGCGCAUUCGAUCGCAGGACAAAGUACCUAACAUAGAGGUCCUUGAACUUGAAAAAAAUGUGUGUGAUGUUCUCCGCUCUUAGCAAGAGGCGCCUUCACUGGUUAGGAAAAAUGGAGGAACGCAGUAUUCCAAAAGAAUUUGCUGUACGGAGAGUUGACAGAAGGGACAAGACCUAUUGGAAGGCCGCAGGUUCAAUUUGAGGACUUUUGCAAUAGGAGCAUGAUGGAAGCCGACAUAGUGAUCAACGAAUGGGAGAUCACCACUGAGCACCGUUCCAGCUGGCGAGAAGCAGUGUAUGAAGAAGUCAAACAGAAGCCCUUACUCCAAACAGAGCAAUACGGAAGGCCAAAUUUAACCAGCAGUCAAGGUUUUCUUGUGAAAAAGUGCAGCCGAGACUGUCAUUCCAGGAUUGGUCUCGUAAGUAAUUUGACGAAGUGUUCACUUGUGACUUCAUUGUCUCUCGAAGAGGAAGAUUACCAGCUGUGAUUGCGCAGAUGACUAAUGAGACCAAUUAUAUAAUUAUAUAUAUAUAUAUAUAUACAAAGCUUUAUAUUCAUUAUACAAUCAUGGCAUAUGUCCAUGUCUACGUGACGUAGUUGAUGCAUGGAUGUAAACUAGAAAACAACCGGAGAGUUCCUGUUAGCUCAUUUUUCUAUAUAUUUUUAUUAACAAAAAUGUUUAAAAUGUACAUGACGGCAUUUUGACAUAUACUUGUGAGCUUUGCCUCUGACAAGUCUCCUUCCAUUAUAUCUCUUAAUUAAUAAUAAAUACAGAGGUAUAGGCGUAUUAAACAAGAAAAAAAUUAAAUAAAUUAAACAUAUUUAUCAUAUUAAUAUGGAGAUACAGUUGCUAGUCGAGCGAUGGGUCAACAGUAGUAAUUCUUCUGGUGACUUUCCCAAAAACUGUAUAACAAAGUAAGAGCAUCAAGUUCCAUCAUUGAAUACAAUACACGACGCUGAAAAAAUUAAUUAAUUUGUUUGUAUCCAACAGAUUGGAGACCUGGAAAUUAGAUAUUGACGGGAUCUUGCCACAGGAUCUGAAAAAGAGAGGCGUAUGUUAGAUUCAACAAUAGAGUAACAUUCAUCAGGCAUUUUUCACAAAUAUAUAAAGGUUAAACAAGGGCUUAUCCGGAAUGAUUGCCCAAUAGCCAAACAAAAUCUCCCCCCCCCCCCAAGUCAAAAUAAGUGCGUGGGUGUACUCCAAUAAUGCCAAACUUAUUUUUGUUUGUUUUAAAUUUGGGUCGUAAUCAGGCGUUAAGUGUGCCCUCUCUGUGCGCCCCCUUGUGUGCCCCCUUGUGUGCCCCCCUGUGUGUCCUCUGUGCUCAGGUUUUUUAUGGGCUACUGGCUAAAACUCAUCUUUACUAAACGCUAAGGUUAAUAGUCUCACUACCANAUAUAUAUAUAUAUAUAUAUAUAUAUAUAUAUAUAUAUAUAUAUAUAUAUAUAUAAAUUAUAAAAGAUACGAUAAAUAAGUGUCCUGUAUUUAUUAAACAAAUUUUUUCCAAAUUUCCCCUUUGAAAUUUUUGGGUCCUUUUAAAUUUUAAAGUUCAGGCAGGUCUAAAAUUAACAACCGAUUGUGUAUGUUUAUGUUCAAAACACAGCUGGAUGACCCCAGUGUCCUGCCCUGCUACCACUACAGAGAGGACGCCACCUUGCUGUACAGCGCCAUCAACAGAUAUGUCUGUGAUUACCUGCAGCUCUACUACCGUAAGUUUAACAAAUGCCAUUACACAUAACAUUCAAUUUUAACCCAUUUUUUUUUGUAUAAAAUUACUAUACAAUUAUGGAAAAUUAAUUGUAACUCGAGUUCCAUGAAGAAAUGCAGUCUUGUAUUGUCUUUACUUUGGGAAUUUAUUCAGAUUCAUUGAUAAAAAAUGUGAACUUAUGUUUAAAUAAAAAUCACCAAAAGUCAACCCAAUUGGAGUCAACUGUUCUAACAGAGUUAGUGAACAUGGUCUGUGUUAACAUAGCCUAAGUUAACAUGGUCCGAGUUAACAUGGUCUGUGUUAACAUAGCCUAAGUUAACAUGGUCUGUGUUAACAUGUUAUGAGCUAACAUGGUAUGCGUUAACAUGGUAUGAGUUAACAUAGUAUGAGUUAACAUGGUCUGUGUUAACAUGGUAUGAGUUAACAUGGUCUGUGUUAACAUGGUAUGAGUUAACAUGGUAUGCGUUAACAUGGUAUGCGUUAACAUGGUAUGCGUUAACAUGGUCUGUGUUAACAUGGUCUGUGUUAACAUGGUCUGUGUUAACAUGUUAUGAGUUAACAUGGUACGAGUUAACCUUUAAUGCUCUUAGGCGCACCGAAAGAUCUGAGUGGAGACUAUGAGAUUCAAAGUUUUGUUCAGGAACUUGUCAAAGAAAAAGAUUAUGCCAAAGGUGGCAUGGGAAUAAAGGUAAGACAAUCUUAGAUGAAUAUCCCCAUAGAUACUCUUUACAAUUUUUGUAAAAUAUGGCCUUGGAAAUUUUAUUAAGCAAUGUCUCAUCUGAUGACAUACGCCUUCGAGACACACCUCUCAUCUCAACUCAAUAAACCUCUCUCUUCUAGCCAGUGGCGUAGCAAGGGUUGUGCCCCCGGUGCUGUAAACUCAUGGUGUCACCUCACUUUCCCCCCGACUUCCACUAUGAAUUUCUUCUUGUUACAAUAAGUCCAUAGUAUAAAAAUAACAAGAACGAAAAAAAAAUUAAUUGUAGGUCAGGAGGUAAGUGUAAUUAAGAACUGUAACAAUUACUUAGAAUCACCCAUUGGUAUUAAUUGAAAGAUUUAUUUCUCAGAAUUUAGAUGAAUAUAGAUUCCAGUCACUUACAGAAGUAACCGAACACAUCCAUCGGCGUUGUAUCAUGAUUACAAAGUUUUUUCGACCUAAUUAUAGGAUCAUCUCAUUUCUGACGCAUCAACCUUGAAAUUGUAAUAAAGCUCACAUUUAGAGUAGUGACAUGCAUGGAAAAUGUACGUGUGAUCGGAUAUCCUUUCAUGACAUUCGGUUAGAUCGAGCUGUGUAUGCUCUGUAAAUAUGUAGCUUUUCAAUUUCGUGUCACCCCCUCAGAUGGUGUCACCCGCACCCCUAGCUACGCCUCUGAUAUAAUCGAUUCAAUCCUACCAAUACUCCUUCUCUACCCCAACUCUACCACUUUCUCCAUCUACAUAAUUUAUUUUAGAAAUUUAACGAUUAAAUGACGAGUGCCUUGUUUUAAUGAAGGAUCUCGCGUCCAACAAUUUUAUACUUUCAGCUUUUGUAGUAUGUGAUGGAUUGUUAUUUUGUGCGUCUCAAUACAAUACAAUCCAAUCCUUGUCAAUUGGAUUACGUUUAUUAAAUAAUCCGCCAUUCGUUAAUGGAAAAUUUUAAUUCUGAAAAAUUACAUAUUUUUUCAAAUAAAUAUUGAGUACUCUGUAUACUUGAAUAAAAGCAAAUACCUUAUAGAGUACUUGAGAGAAGAAGGAAACUUCCUAUGGAAUACGAGAGAAAAACACUACAGUAACACUGAUAUAGGAAAUAAUUCUAAUUGCGUUACGUGCUGCUGCCUAUAUGGAGAAAUCAAUCUCUUAUUUUAAGCUUAUGGCUCGUUCUAAACAGUAAAUAAGAAACGACGAUACCAUAUGAGACAUACAAAAGCGAAAGAAUACGAAACUCAAAACAGGACUGACUACAAUUAAUAAGAUUUAUUAAGGUUACCAUUAAAUUACAAAAUAAAAGAAAUAUAAUUAAAAUCACUAACGUACAGAGUACUGUAUUGCUUUUACCGGUACACAGUUGAUAAUAAUACAAUGUGUCAAAAAAAGAAAAAAAAAGGUGUAGCGAUAAAUAGGAAUUCACACAUAUAAGCAAACACAACUCUAGCAAGAAUAAUACACUCUAAAAAUAACUCUCGUCUGUCGUCCCGUAAUGUAAAAAUAUCUCGUGAUAAAUGCUCGCUCAAAAAUCUAUCGUGUCCCCUUUUUAUAGUCUGUUCAACUGAUUUAUCUAGGACCGCCUUUCGCCUUGAUUUCCUUUCCAGUUUUCUCCAGAUUAUUCUACAGAAAUCUGAUAGAUUCAAAGUAUAAAUUUUAUUUAGGGUCAAGAGACUAUUUUUAGCUAGCCACACCUUAAAUGCGGCUUCGAGCUUACUUGGUGUCUGCUAGAGUUCACAACAAGGGAAAAUAUGACGUAAACACGUCUUCUAAAUAAUAAAGGGUUUCUAACAUGAUACCCGCAACUAUACAAAAUUUAAAAUAAAUCAUUUCGCUUACACUGAAAUAUCUUGAAUAUUUUUUUAUUGCUUUAUUAAUUGAUUUCAUGGAAAAUAAAAAUACAAUUAAUUGAUUUGCAAAAUUGUCAUUCCUGUACAUGUACUUAACAACAAAAACGGAAGCAAUAUUUCCUGAUUUCUAUAAAUUAUCAUUAAUAAAUAUAUUUCUUCCACUACCAAAGGGACUUCCAGGUAAUGGCGCCCUAACCAACCUUGACCAACUCCAACAGAUUUGUACAAGUGUCAUUUACAUCUCUAGUGUCGCACACGCAGCCACCAACUUUCCUCAGUAUGACGAAUAUGGAUUUCCACCAAAAUGGCCUCUCUUGUUUUCUGGAAAACCACCGACUAAUCCUGUAAGUAUCAUAGAGUUAAAUCACUCGUACUCUCUCUAAGCCACCAACUAAUCCUGUAAGUAACAUUGAGUUAGAUCACUCUUACUCUCUCUAAGCCACCGACUAAUCCUGUAAGUAACAUAGAGUUAGAUCACUCUUACUCUCUCUAAGCCACCGACUAAUCCUGUAAGUAACAUUGAGUUAGAUCACUCGUACUCUCUCUAAGCCACCGACUAAUCCUGUAAGUAACAUUGAGUUAGAUCACUCUUACUCUCUCUAAGCCACCGACUAAUCCUGUAAGUAACAUUGAGUUAGAUCACUCUUACUCUCUCUAAGCCACCGACUAAUCCUGUAAGUAACAUUGAGUUAGAUCACUCUUACUCUCUCUAAGCCACCGACUAAUCCUGUAAGUAACAUUGAGUUAGAUCACUCUUACUCUCUCUAAGCCACCGACUAAUCAUGUAAGUAACAUUGAGUUAGAUCACUCUUAUUCUCUCUAAGCCACCGACUAAUCCUGUAAGUAACAUUGAGUUAGAUCACUCGUACUCUCUCUACGCCACCGACUAAUCCUGUAAGUAACAUUGAGUUAGAUCACUCGUACUCUCUCUAACCCACCACGUAUGAUUGUAUGGGGCAGCGACGUCACUGCAGUGAAUUUGUCAUUAAAUUUACCCGAACCCGUUUCUAUGUUUAUUUCAGCCAUGCUUGCUGUUGUUUUAAUUGUAUAUCACUCAGUGGCGCAGCAACUGCUGGUGCCGCCCGGGGCAAACCAAGGUAUUUGCCCCCCCCCCCUCCCCCCACUUUCCACGAUAAAAGCUCGUUAUUUGGCCGAUAAACCGCCCCUAAUUAUUAAGAACAUGUUUUUCCGUCAGAGGCAGACAGCCCCCUCCAUACUCACCGUUUCUACGCCACUGAUAUCAAUAUUAUAUUAAAAGAUUUCUAUUGAUGCACAAAGUUUCUUUUUAAUUUUAAAAAAUAUUUUUUUGCUUGUUCCUAUUUUUACACUCUUCUUUUGCUAAGUGAGUCCAUGUGCCUACACUUUGAUUCUCGGGACCCUGUGCGUCAAAUGUCUUUUAAAAUACAGGAAACAUGUUCUGUUAUUCAGCUCAAAAACCAAAAGCACAAAACUGGCGAACUUAGAUUCUCUAUGUUUUAUUUUCCUCACACAAAAGGAGGUUAUCCUGCAAGAAGGAGACUUAAUGAAGUGUUUGCCGGACAAGGCAACUACUUUAGCGAUUAUGGAAAUCACCAAACUUCUCAGCACCAGUCCAACAAAGAGCCUCGGAGACUUUGAAACCCAGUACAUCUUUGAUCCUAAGGCCUUGGAGAUUUUGGACAGGUUGGUGGCGUUAAAUUAUUAAAUGCAUACAGUAUAGGCGCGCCCAGAUAUCUAGUAUCGUCGGCAUGUCGGUCCCACCCAAUCAUUACAAUCGUUAAAAUCAUUAUAAUCAUUUCAGUCAGCAUCUAUAGAAUCGGAUAGUUCCUAGUGACCUUGUUUUGUUGGGGUUGGGACGAUCUACUUCGGGUGUCUCGAUUUCAUGUGACCCACUUUGUAUUAUUCGAGGUUUUGGUGACACGUGCGAGGUCAGCACGUGGUUCUGUUUAGAAUAUAAGAAAAUGAGCAGUCUGGGGGAUCUGCGCUUAGGUCAUCCACUUACAAAAAUACCUUCAUAAUAGAAUUUUUUCUUCCUUUUUUUGGGUUGCUAUAAUUUUAAAAAAAGUAAUGAAAAAAAAUUAAUUAAUGUAACCUUUCAAAUUUUAGGCCCCCCCCCCCCUCAAAAAAAACAACAUAAUUUUUUCUUCCUUUUUUUGGGUUUCUAUAAUUUUAAAAGAAGUAAUGAAAAAAAAUUAAUUAAUGUAACCUUUCAAAUUUUAGGCCCCCCCCCCCCCUCAAAAAAUACAACAACAUUGUUGUCAAAGUAAGGGCCAUUUACCUGUAGCGCUUUUGUCCAGAGGCGUUUGGUUUGGAGGCUUUUGUCCGGGGGAUUUUGUCCGGGGGAUUUUGUCCGGGGGAUUUUGUCCGGAGGCUUUUGUCCGGGGGAUUUUGUCCGGAGGCUUUUGUCCGGGGGAUUUUGUCCGGAGGCUUUUGUCCGGAGGCUUUGUCUGGAGGCUUUUGUCUGGAGGCUUUUGUCCGGAGGCUUUUCUCCGGAGGCUUUUGUCGGAAGAUGUCGAGAAUCCGUUUUAAAUAUUUUAAAUAUUAAUUGUAAAAGUUAAAAACUGAGUAAAUAUCAAUAAAUCCAGCCAGGCGACCACGUGGAACUAACGAGCAAAUCUCUACAAUCAAAUUUGGUCGGUUUUUUUUUCCUUUAAGUUUGAUCAUUUUAUUAUUAACGUUGACGAAGUAGCCGCGUGUGAAAUGGCCAUGGGUAAAAUGGCCAUGGGUAAAAUGGUUGUUGGUAAAAUGGUUGUGGGUAAAAUGGCCAUGGCUAAAAUGGUGGUGGGUAAAAUGGUUGUUGGUAAAAUGGCCAUGGGUAAAAUGGUUGUUGGUAAAAUGGCCAUGGGUAAAAUGGUUGUUGGUAAAAUGGCCAUGGCUGAAAUGGUUGUUGGUAAAAUGGCUAUGGGUAAAAUGGUUGUUGGUAAAAUGGCCAUGGGUAAAAUGGUUGUUGGUAAAAUGGCCAUGGCUGAAAUGGUUGUUGGUAAAAUGGCCAUGGGUAAAAUGGUUGUUGGUAAAAUGGACAUGGGGGAAAUAGUCUGGGCGAAAUAGCCGUGGUCAAUCGUUAUAAUAUAAUAAUUUAAAGACUGCAUUCAAGGCUAGUUAAUGAAAUAGCAAAACGAGCUAAGUGGAAGCCGAUAGAUCCAUUUUGUCUCUACGUCAAGCUGCCAUAUGUUCCUAAUAUUGCCUACACAGGCGGCCUGAACAUAAAGUUUUAUUCUAGCCAGCACCGUGAACGCUGUCUAAAGUUCCUCAGGAAUGUUGUCAAGGAACAUUUGACGAAAACAUCUUUUCCUUACGCGUUUCUGAAGUACUUUACUCAAACUCUGUCACUGAGAAUGACGUUUAGAUCUUUAACGCUAAAAAAAAAAGGGACACCGUUAUUUUUUUACGCCAACACUUAGUUCCGCUCGUUAUAAAUGUGGAAUAUAACUGAGAGCUCGUGAAUAAAUAAAAAAAAUAAAGAGUGUCUCUGGGCACGGUCCACCACCUCCCCCUCCCGCACCCUCUUCCCGUGCCACUCUAUCUGUGUUGUCAUUCAAAUGUUGCCGAGUGUGUCACUUUGGCGUUUAACAAACGAUCCUUAAAAACAAAGUUUCUCGUAUGCGUCAUUUAAAAUAUGUCAUCUCGAGCCAUAAGGGGGGGGGGGGGGGGUUGGGGCUGAAAAUUUAACAAAACAUACAUAAAAGUAACGCACUACAAAAUGCCAAUUAAUACCUCCCCCCCCCCACCCACUCUCGCCCGUCUCGCAAACCACAUAUUUUAAUCACGCCCCUGAACUAUAUUAACAUUCUAAUCGCCCAGCCGCUGUUCCACGGCAGAUUUAUUCCACCAACUAUUUCAUAAAAACAAAAGAAAAUAGCACGCACCAAACGCACUUGCGAUAUUUUUUAAAGAAUCUCAUUGUCCGCAGUUAUCGGAGAUUUUAUUUCGUGAAAUCAUCGUCAUCCUAUUUCCUUUAUCAUCCCUUUGAAAAAAACUACCCAGGAAAAUCUGAAUUUUGGGGGUUGGUGUGGGGCUGAACGUUUGAUAGAAUAACAUAUUGUCAUUGGUAACGAGUAGGUUGACGGGAAGUGGGUCGAUUAGUAGUCCGAAGAUUAUGCCAGCCACGGACGAAAGUAAGUUAAUAUAAAAAAAUAAAAAUUACUUGUAAAAACAGCGGAGAAAGAAAUGUACGUAGAGCUGUAGUGAUUUUUUUCACAAAGAAUCAACCGGGAUGAUUAUACAUAUUCUUAAUGGCAGUAAUGGUAGGCAUUAUAGUCUUUUAAAAAAAAUUUGAAAUUAAAAAAGUUUGAAAAUUGAGCAGAGUUGCGUGUAGCUUCAAAGUCAUCGAUGUUCAUUUUAUAAUAAAGGGGUUUCAAUCAGGACCGUGUGAAUUUGGAGGCGAAGGGGUGCAGCCGCCAUGACCGCCAACAUCAGGGGGCGCCAGAAUCGUCAAUCAUCCCUAUUUUUAUAUUGGCUUAUAUAUAAUUGAUUGAUUUUAAAAAAGUGACGGUUUUAUAUUCAGACGUCACCCCUUGCUCAUCUUUUCCACUGCACAGGCGUGGUUUGCAUAGCUGUGCCUUACAAAGCCUGUGGUUUGCACAACCCGUGAUUUGCACAACCCGUGGUUUACAAGUCUGUAGUUUGCACAUCCGUGGUUUGCACCGCCGUGGUUUGCACAGUCGUGGUUGCACAGUCGUGGUUGCACAGUCGUGGUUGCACAGCCUCAUCAUAAGAACAUUACAAGGCACACAUCAAAUACUUAUUUACACAAUAUGAAAUAUUUCCUCCCCAGGUUCCGCCAGGAACUUAUAGAUAUCGGCAAAACCAUUGGCGCCAGAAACGCAAAGAGGAUGUUCCCUUAUACCUACCUGGAUCCGGUCGAAAUUCCCAACAGUAUCAGCAUAUAAAUUUGUAUUUUGACACCAGAUUGCUGCUGGCGAUUGAAUUACAAGAACGAAAGAAAUUUUAUUUAAUUACAAUUUCGAUUCAUUAUGAGUAAAUAUUAUUUUCUACUUAGAUAUUCGUUUCAUAAUUGUAGUCUAAUAAAAAAAAAUGCAUAAUUUUUGCCAGUAUAUCUAUUUUAUUAUUUAAAACUAGAAAAUAUCCCCCGAUGCUAUCGAGAUAGUAAGGUAGACACAUUUAGAUAAUUUCUUCCUUCUAAUUCGAAAACUCAUCAUAAUUCUUUUGAUUAAACAAAUAUUUAGACACCUUAUUUUCUAUGUAAUAAUGUUUAAGUUUCUAACAUCAUUAAAAGUUUUCAGAAUUUUUCAGUUAAAUUACUUUUUUUUUAGACCUUUUUUUUCUGAACAUGGCUUUAAAUUACAAAUUCUAAAUGAUCACUAAUUAAACCAUUUUUGUCACUAAAGGAGAUCAUUGACGGAUGAUUUCUAGGCCAGAGAAAUACUUAAGAUGUCAUUUGUUUUUUAAAUUUGUUAAAUGUUGGGCCUACCCUACCACUUUUCGUGGCCCUAAGCUAAAAAAAUGUAUUUAAAAAUUAUGAACAUGUAUUCUAAAAUCUACAACAAAUCUCCAUAUAUCAUUUUAAAUAUAUUUCAUAUUAACAGAAUUUGAUAUAAUGAUAUCUUAUUUAAACGUUUCCCAAACUUUUGCCUUUGUUUUCCACUAUAUAAUCGCAAAAAAAGUAAAACAAGGAAAUUCUUUUAUCCAAAGAAGUAUCUCUGAAUCGUUUUUCAAGCAAGUCUGUAACCAUCAAGAGUGUCUUUUUCUACCAAUUUAAUUUUAUUACUAGUCUUUUAACAAUAUAUUCCCAAUUUACUAUUCGCAAGGUAAAAAAAGAAAAUGUAUUUUCAUUUUUUGAAAGAAAAUCUUAACCCAUCUCUAUUUUUCCACCAAAAAUUUUCCCUUGUAUAAAAUGAUUGAGUUUUAAAAUGAUUGAGUAUUAAAAUGAUUGAGUAUUAAAAUGAUUGAGUUUUGCUAUUCACGUUUUGUUAACGCCAUUAAUUUGUGUUAAUUCGUAGACAUGUGACGUCAAUUUAUUAAAAAUUAGUGUAACAUCUCUUUUUCAGACCAGUAAUAUCAUUGGAUUUAAAAGAUAGCGUCAUCCACGUAAAAAUGUACACACCCUGUACACUACCACAGUUAUACAUUCACCUAGAAUGCUAAUUAUUUAUCAAUUCAUUCCUUUAUUCCAAGUCGUAUCUUGUACUGCCUUCAUUCCAAGUCGUAUCUUGUACUGCCUUCAUUCCAAGUCGUAUCUUGUACUGCCUUCAUUCCAAGUCGUAUCUUGUACUGCCUUCAUUCCAAGUCGUAUCUUGUACUGCCUUCAUUCCAAGUCGUAUGUUGUACUGCCUGGGGCAAUGUGAAAUAAUUGAAUCCACCCCUCCGCCAGAUUUUCAUCAAACAUCAAUCAAUACAUGCACGGGAUUGUAGCCCCUUACGUACGCAAGCAAACAUUCUGUGCACGUCCUUGAAAUUGAUGAACAUUCUUAAGUCCCAGAUCCCUUUUAACAUACCUUGUCUUAUCUUUUCUAAAAGAAAAUAUAUAAUUCUACGCAUAAUCCUGUAUAUUGAAAAGGAAUUCGUAUGUAUUUUAACAUGUAAAUCUAUACUAAUGUUCAAAUCUGUCCCCUAAUUGGG